CUCUGAUAGGAAGUUAUCUUGUUUCAAAGCGUUUGCCGACUUGAUCAAUCAUGAUCAAAGCCACAGACGCUUACUACAAUGAGCUUUCAUUCGGUUGCCACGUGAUGUUGGCGAGAUUUGCUCUAUAUGCCUUUCAAGUUGCCGAUCUAUUUAUUUUUUUAGUUCUUUGGCCGCAGGAACACCACUGCCAUAUUAUACAUUAUUUCAGUUGACUAUUGAAUAGAUAAUACGACUGAUUUGCUUAUCGUUCCUCGAGAUCAAUGAUUCUUUUAAUCUGUGAAGUGUAAAGUCCACACAAACUGUAGCUUAAUGUAGGAUUAGUCGAGCGAUCAAUCAGUUCUAUUAAUUGCUGUAGGCCAGAUACAUUCAUAUUUGAAACAACAACAUUAUCUGUGACGUAUAUGGGGAAAUAGCCCUAGUUAAGUAUAGUUCAAAAGGAUGUACUGGUGUGACUACUAUAAAUUAUUUAUUUCGUAAUGUUUUGUGCUUUUAGAGUAAGUUUUAAAGGUGUGUUAAACAAUUUCAUUUAUCCAAUAUUUUAAUUAUUAUGACAAGGGACAAAUUAAAUGCACUACAUUUAACCUAUUUAAGAAAGACGUUUUCUAAUUCUACUCAUUUAAUUUAAACCUUUCAUUGACUAGUCAGUCGCGUUUAAACUAUAAUUUUGCUUCGUUACAAUAACUUCAAAAUCGUUUCUUUUUCUUAAUUUCUUUUCUGUACUUGUUUUUGUUUUCAGCUAAAUUUGUUGAAGAUCAUUAGCUGUAUACAAACACGAAUUUCAAAGUACCUACAGGCUAAAAAGUGUACAAUUAUGGAAGAUGGAAAGAAUUUUUCGAAUGUAGAUCUUUCUUGCUUGUUUUCGCCGACAUUCAAUAUAGUGUCAGUAACUAUACAUGUGAUCGUAAGCACUGCAACAAUAUUUGGGAAUGCACUAAUUUUGAUAAGCAUUUAUAAGUACCCAAUUCAGUUUAAAGGCAGUCUGUACAUGUUUAUUGGAAACUUAGCUGUUGCCGACUUGUUGCUAGGUGUGUGGUUGCUGCUAUUCAUAUACGAGGGAAUAGUCCCGGAAGUGCAAAAUAACUGGUAUUUUUGUGUUGCGAAACCUGUCGGAGUUGUAACCUCGUACUGUUGUUCAAUUUUCUCUUUACUUGGAAUAUCUUUUGAUCGCUUUAUGGCUAUUAUAUUUCCUCUGGAGCAUCUAGUAAAAACUCACAAACGGAAGUUGUUUAUCAUAAGUAUAACUGCCAUGUGGAUUAUAUCAAUUACCAGUGGAACUCUACCAGUUAUUUUGGAACCACAUGGAAACACAUUUGUGUGCAGAAUGGGUGCUAUUUUACCUCAAGAUUUCCAGCUCGUUUGUUCAAUAGUGCUUCUCCUGGUAGUCUUUAUAAAUUUUGUAUUGUAUGGAAUCGUUAUGUGGAAAGUUAAAACAAAACGAACACCCGGAAAUAGCGGUGGCCGAAAGAAAAGUAGCAAGACAGUUUUGAUGAUAAUUGUUUUCUUACUCUUUGUUAUCUGUUGGCUACCGUUUAUAACAUGUUCAAUUAUCAUGCACUUUAGUCUUGAACCGUCUACAUUUCAAAAUGUAAUAUGUGCACGGGAAUAUCUAGCAAAGUUAGGGUAUAUAAAUUGCGCGUUAAACUGUGUUAUUUAUGGUCUUGCAAACAAGAAAUUUCGCGCUGCAUUUAAGAAGAUUCUUUUCUGCAAGCGCUGUCCAACCUUUUCAAAGCCAUCAUCUUUUCUAUCAGAACGGGGUAGAGCGAAUUCGAUGUGUAAUGAGAUGAAAUGUUCUGUCGACCAAAAGCAGGACGCUGUUGAAUAAUUGCAAUUUCUAUCAUAUUGUUGUACCAGAUGGAACAAUUGAUACUAGUGAGAAUCUAAUAAUAGAAAAAAGAGGCAGAUAAAAUUAUUUUAACUGAAAACAAAUCAUACGAAGAGUGUUCGUAAACUUUUGCAAACGCACUGUAUACUUAAAACUAAUACGAAACGGGUGACUGCUGUACAUUGUGUAUAAAUAUAAUGGAAAUCCACAAACCGGUUGUUUGUUAUUUCGAUUGCUUUCAGGUGUAUUCAAAGA